UCCUCUGCGCAGGCGCCGUUGGGCCGCGGGGCUUUCUGGGUAAAGAUGGAUGUCCACGAUCUUUUUCGCCGGCUUGGCGCGGGGGCCAAAUUCGACGUGAAUCGCUUCUCGACAGAUGCAGCCCGAUUUCAGUUAGGAAAAAGGAAACAUGACUUUAAUUCUUCAGAGGUGCUGCAGGGACUGGACUUUUUUGGAAACAAGAAGUCUGUCCCAGGUGAGUAUGGCACAUCCAGAAUGCAUCAAGAACUCCAAGGUGAAGAGAAAGAAGAAGAAAGCUUAAUCGAAGGGAAGAGGAAACAGAACAAGAAAAAGAGAAAGAUGAUGACUCCAGAAAUUACGUCUCCAGAAGAAGGAGCUACUAUACAGUGGAUAUCAUCUGUGGAAGCCAAGAUUGAAGAUAAAAAAGUUAAAGGAGAAAAUAAACUAACUUCAGGCAAGUUGGAGCAUCUCAGAAAGGAAAAGAUAAACUUCUUCCGGAAUAAACACAAAAUUCAUGUCCAAGGAACAGAUCUUCCUGACCCAAUUGCUACAUUUCAGCAACUUGACCAGGAAUAUAAAAUCAACUCUCGACUACUUCAGAAUAUUCUCGAUGCAGGCUUCCAGGUGCCUACAGCAAUCCAAAUGCAGGCCAUUCCCGUUAUGCUGCACGGUCGUGAACUUCUGGCUUCUGCUCCUACUGGAUCUGGAAAGACUCUGGCUUUUAGCAUUCCCAUUUUAAUGCAGCUGAAACAACCCACAAAUAAAGGCUUCAGGGCUCUGAUAAUAUCACCAACACGAGAACUUGCCAGCCAGAUUCACCGAGAACUAUUAAAAAUCUCUGAGGGAACAGGGUUCAGGAUACACAUGAUUCACAAAGCAGCAGUGGCAGCCAAAAAAUUUGGACCUAAAUCAUCUAAGAAGUUUGAUAUUCUUGUGACUACUCCAAAUCGACUGAUUUAUUUAUUAAAGCAAGAUCCUCCAGGAAUAGACCUAACAAGUGUUGAGUGGCUCGUGGUAGAUGAAUCAGACAAACUGUUUGAAGAUGGUAAAACUGGAUUUAGAGACCAGCUGGCUUCCAUUUUCCUGGCCUGCACAUCCCACAAGGUCAGACGAGCUAUGUUCAGUGCCACUUUUGCAUACGAUGUUGAACAGUGGUGCAAACUCAACUUGGACAAUGUCAUUACUGUAUCCAUUGGAGCAAGGAAUUCUGCAGUAGAGACUGUAGAACAAGAACUUCUCUUUGUUGGGUCUGAGACUGGAAAACUUCUGGCCAUGAGAGAACUUGUUAAAAAGGGUUUCAGUCCACCUGUUCUUGUUUUUGUUCAGUCCAUUGAAAGGGCUAAAGAACUUUUUCAUGAGCUCAUAUAUGAAGGUAUUAAUGUGGACGUUAUUCACGCAGAGAGGACACAGCAACAGAGAGAUAACACCGUGCAUAGCUUCAGAGCGGGGAAAAUCUGGGUUCUUAUUUGUACAGCCUUGCUGGCAAGAGGGAUUGACUUUAAAGGCGUGAACUUGGUGAUCAACUAUGACUUUCCAACCAGUUCAGUGGAAUAUAUCCACAGGAUAGGUCGAACUGGAAGAGCGGGACAUAAAGGAAAAGCUGUUACAUUUUUCACUGAAGAUGAUAAACCAUUAUUAAGAAGUAUUGCGAAUGUUAUACAGCAAGCCGGAUGUCCUGUACCAGAAUACAUAAAAGGUUUCAAAAAACUUUUAAGCAAACAAAAGAAAAAAAUGAUUAAGAAACCAUUGGAAAGGGAGAGUAUUAGUACAACUCCAAAGUACUUCUUAGAGAAAGCUAAGGAUAAACAGUAAGUAUAUGGGAAAAGGUCACUGGUCAGAACACCAAGAAGUAGCUUCUGAAGACAGAAUUUAAAAGCAGACUUUUUAAGACUAUCCUAGAAAUAUAAUUUUAUGAUCCCAGCGUGAAUGUUGUUGCAGAAUACUUCACGUUAUAAAAUCACUUGUGUCAGUCGUUGGAAAUCAAGUACAAGUACAUAGGAGUGGUGAAGAAUGAUUUAUGAUUCUGCUGUCAAUGUGUCAUGUCAAAUUUCAGUUUGAAGGUGACUUUUAAAUGAUUAUACCAUGGAAAUAAUGGUCAUUGGCUUUUUUCUGUGGUUUGAAUCCAAAGAGAUACUUCUCAUAGAAGGCCAGAAGCUUAUUUAACAACACUCAGGUGUGGUGAGCUCCUGAGGAUUUCCCUUUAAGUGUGAAGGAAGGUGUGCUAUGUGCUGUGCACAGGCAUCUGGAACAAUUUCGAAGUAAUGAUUGUCCCCGCCCUUGUCUUUGGAUGGACAAGAAGCAGCAUAGGCGGUCUACCAAGAAGAAAUUUGCUGCUUUCUUUUUUACUGUUUCUUAAUUUGUGAUGACCUUUUGUAGGGUGAGCCACAACAAAGAGAUUCCUCAUCUACGGUUGGUUAUUCAAGUUACCUCAGAUUUUUAAUUCUUUGGCCUAUUAAAUAUCCUUAUACCUCAUUGGUAAGGUAGCCCAUACCUUCCCUGGGAUAAUGUUGCAGCUACAAGAUUCUGGUCAGCCUCUUCUUACUUCAUUUUCCAUGAUUUAACCAAGCUUUUUCCUGCCUCUUUCCAUGCAAGAUGAUUUUGCUAGAAAACCAAUAAACGUUUUACCAUGAUAGGGAAGAAUGUUUCCGUUACUUGAUACACUUCUUCUUUCUCACCUUAUCUUUCCUGAGGCUUUUUGGCCCUUCAUCUGUUUAGUAAACAGAUUUCUCCCAGAGGUAAAGGAUUAUGAUUAUACAGUGAUGGAAAAUAUCCAUUGCUAUUAGAAGAUCUUUAUUGCUAGUUUUGUACAGCAGAAUAAAAGCAUUGACUUCAUACAUGUAAAGUAUUUAGAAUGGUGCUUCACACAUGCAUGUUUAGCUAUUACCAGUACUACUAAAAUAACUGUAAGCUUUUCUUAGCAGCAUUUGAAUUAAACUUAUUUCUUUUGUUCACAGACUUUUGACGGGUAGACUCUGUCUCGAAUAUUUUAGGUGGGACAAAAAUUGUUCAUCUUCAGAAUUUAUUUAAAUGAAGAUCUAUUGCUCCAAGGUGCAAAGAAUAUUUAUGGGCACGUAAUGUUUUGUUCGUUCUUGCAAACAAAUCCUUGACUCGGUAUAUAUCCUGGAGUCAGGUAUACCGUUGCUACCCAUCUGUAGACUGUAUGACGUUGGAGGAGUUCUUUAAUGUCUCAGCGUUUCAGGUGUUAAUUUGUGAAAUGGAAGUAAUACCAAUUUAACAACAAUUAUGUCUCAAGAUUGGAAGUACCUACUUCUGAGCCUGACACAAACUCACAACAAAUAUUCAUUUAACAGACAUUUUAGUUUUUGUUAGGAAUAAAGGCUUAAUAACACAGUCCCUGCCCUUAUAAUGUAGUGGUGGAGAGAAGUGAAGGAACAAAUAGUGUGGCAAGUGCUAUGUCAGAGGUAAGGCUGGGAUGCGGGAGCAUUAAAAGAGGGCAUCAGACCCAGAUGGGGAUGUCCUGGAAGGUUUCCCAGAGGCCUGAGCUGAGUCUCUUAGGAGUCAGCAGUUAAAGAAGGGCAACAAAUCAUUCCAGGCAGAAACAUCACGUCUUCUAUGACCUUGAUACACUCCCUUCAUUUGACUUAAUUUCCUCUGUAUAACCACCCAUCCGUAAAUGAAAUGACUAUAUACCUGCACCGACUUUGUUCCUCAGUGGGUUAAUAUUGGCUUUAGCUGCUGUAGUUGACUGAAACUAUCUCCUACACAAAUUUCAGUUUCACUUAAGAAGAGAAAGAAGUGAAAUUACUGAAUAGACAGUUAUGACAAAGGAACACGUUCACUGCUUUCAUAAAAUGAGCAAAAACUUUGGAGUUUCAAUCCCGCCUCUGCUGACUGUGGUUUAUGACCUGGGUGAAUUAACUUUUUAGGCAUAGUUUCCUCACUCAUCGAAAAUGCCAGUACUAAGUAACACUGAGGAUUUUUUUAAAAUGCAUAUAAAGUUUCUGACCUGUAAUUUGUGCCCAGUAAAUGGUAGCUAUUAUUACAAAUUGUUUUCCAGUAAAAGCCCUGAGGAAAAGGUGAAAGUAGAUAAAGCUAAUUAAUCAAAUACUACUAAGCAAACUCUGAGGGCUUGAAAAAGUUUACUCUUAGCUCCUGUAUGUUAUUUACAGACUAGUUUGAUUAGAAAAAAAAAACCGAGAGAGGGUCUGAGUAAUUUUGAAGUAACUGCUUUCGAAACACUGCAAGUAUGGGAAAAACAAAUGAAUUAAGGGACUGUUAGGUGGCGCGAUGGCAGGACCGAACAAGACUAGUGCACCUUGGAGGUUUUAUAUGUCAUUUGGGUUUGUGUGCACUU